UGCCCCAUUGACUCGUGGUAUGACCUUCGCAAGCUCUGGGCCUCCUGUGACUAGGGAUAAUACCUCACAGGAUGAUGGGAGGAUUAAAUGAUUCAGUACGGGUAAAGCGCUUAGUAAGUACUCAUUAAACAUUUGUAAUGCUCCAGCUAAGCCACCAACUCUUGGAAAGUCCCUUGAUGUUUCUGGCCUCAAUUUACCCAAAGUCCUCUUAGAUAGGAAGGGGAGUGACGAUCCAACUGGCCUGUCUUUGCCCUGGUCUGUCCAGCACUGGACUGGUUUCGCCAGAUGCUCACCAUAGCCUAAGUUCUAAGAGUGAAUCUCCAGGUCCUCAGCCUCCCUGUCCUAGGCUUAGAAAUCCACUAGCAUUGUCCAGGAUUCCCUAGCAGGGAAGAAAGGACCUGCACCCCUGGGAGAGGUUACAGCUGUCUCCCUGUCAGUGCUCGGUGGUUAUUCUCCUAAGGCAUGUGGUCGUAUUGCAGAGAUUCUGCAGCCCCGCUACCCAGUGACUGGAAUACAAAUAAAAAGACACCUAGAACAUUUACUAUGGGCCCAGCGUUGCAUUCAUUUAACUCAUUCAAUGCCUGCCACUCACAAUAUCAUUACCAGGAGGCUUCUCUAUCUGAGAUGUGCAAAGAAAUCCAGACAGGACCAGUCGCCACUAUGUGCUGCGUGCUGCCUCCUGACCAGUCUGUGCGACACCGUGGGGGCCAUUCUGGCCAGACAGCUCACAAUCCAGGUCUUCACGGGUGCCUACCUCGCAGCUAUUGACUUAGCGAACUUCAUGUUCACCCUCUUCCCAGUCUGUGGAUCCAGAUUCAAGUCUAAUUCAGAUUGGGAAGCCCGAGAGAGGAACAGGAGGCGGCAGCUUGGGGCCGGCGUGUUUGCCCUGGCCCUGCCGCUGAGCCUGGGUCCAUGCUGGGCCCUCUGGGUUGCUGUCCCGAAGGAUUCAGCCACCAUCCGGGGGCCGCAGCGGAGGCUGCUGGCGAACCUGCUGCAGGAAAACCCUGAGAUUCUUGGCUACCUUCUGGGUGGCAUUGCUGCCUUCGGCUCCUGGGCUUCUCGGAUCCCCCCUCUCUCCAGAAUUUGCCGGGGAAAGACAUUUCCCUCCAUCCACCUGUGGGCCCGGCUCCUGUCGGCCCUGGCUGGCCUCCUCUAUGCCUCAGCCAUUGUGGCCCACGACCGGCAGCCUGAGUACCUGCUGCGAGCUACACCCUGGUUCCUGACCUCCCUGGGCCGCGCUGCGCUGGACCUCGCUAUUAUUUUCCUUUCGUGCGUGAUGAAGAGCAAGAUGAGACAGGCCUUGGGAUUUGCCACUGAAGCCAGAGAGAGCCCCGACAGCCAAGCCCUUUUGACCUGGGCGGAGAAAGAGGAAGAGGACCAGGAGGUGAGGAACGAGCACAAGAAUUCGGAUUGGGUGCCUCUCACCACACUGUCACACUGCAAGUCACUGAGGACAAUGACAGCAAUCAGUCGCUACAUGGAGCUGACCAUCGAGCCUGUGCAGCAGGCAGGCUGCAGUGCCACCAGGCUGCCGGGUGAUGGACAGACGAGCACUGGAGAUGCGUCCCUGCAGGAGCCCCCGUCAUACCCUCCCGUUCAGGUCAUCCGGGUCCGAGUGUCUUCCAGUAGCUCCUCCGAGGUCCCCUCCAUCAACUCUGACCUGGAGCAGAAGUAUUGGGAGGCCCUAAACUCGGAGCAGUGGGACCCUGAGGAUGUGAACCUUGAAGGGAGCAAAGACAAGGUGGAGAUACUCGGAUCCCAGGUGCACUGGGACUCCGUGAGGACAGCAGACCUGAGUGCUGAUGAUUAACACCUUUGGAGCCAGCUGACCAGCUCAGAGCCCAGGAUCAGGAGUUAUGUUCAGUAAUGCAGUGGGAAUCAAUCUGCACUGACUCCGUGGCAGGAACUGAAGCUGCUGCAGAAGCCGCCCUGGAAAGUGAGGAACCAGGAGCCGCCACUGAGUGUGGCUGGUUGACAUCAUAGCUCAUAAUGGAGCUAAGACUUGUCCUGUGGACAGACCUGGACAGGCCAGCAUUUGUUCUGAAGAUUACAAGUUUACAGACAGCGCUUGCUUUGUAAAGAUAAUCCAAAGGACAUUGGACCCACUUUUCCCUUUAUUCCCUUGAGAUUCGGCCAUAAACUGAAUACCUGCUGGAUUCCAGGAAGACGGUUUUUUUUCUUCUUUUUUUUUGAGACAGUUUCCCAGGCUGGAGUGCAAUGGCGUAAUC